UGUGGAUGUCCGUACUGGACCGCGAUAUUCCCGGCAUAAAGAAGCACUCGAAGGAAUUACAAGUGGGCGAUUUGGCGGAGCUCUUCGCUUGUAUGGUUACGGGUCGAUCGUGGGCUUCCAUCACUUCUGGGAUUGAUAAAGCCGGGAAGUCGAAAGCCGAAGAAAAUGAGAUAAGAGCCGAAGCUGGGAAAUAUCUCCCGCAAAUUUCCGCUGUCCUCAGUCGCGUCCCUCGAGAAAUGCUGCUGAUUUUCAAGACGAACGAUCUUCUGAGAGGAAUAGAACACAAACUUGGAACUUCAAGAAAAAUGGCGUCAUUUGUGUCCAUGAGUCGGUGUUGUGUUCGGGCUGUGGCGGAGCAAGAGACGAAAAAUUGCGCCAGUUUUUGGUGCCGAUGGAGAAUCCAGUUUUGGUACCGUCAGGCGCGUUACAUGCAGCAAAUGAUGCUGGACUCCGACGCGAUGGCGAAUUACAGCAUGGCCAUGCUGGCUGCUCAAGGAAUGAGCUUCGUUCCGACGAACAUAGCGAGAGCAGGUCAACCACCGCAAUCCAAAUACGCUCAACUCUUGCAAGUGAUCGAAGAAAUUAGCAAAGACAUUCGCCCUUCGUAUGCUGGCAGCAAGAAUGCGGCGGAAAGGCUCAAGAGAGGCAUUACGAAUGCCCGCAUUCUCGUUCGUGAAUGUUUGAUUGAAACUGAACGCAGCGCCAGGCAGUGA